AUGAACGAGCGACGGGAGACCACGACGAUACGCCCGGGUGCGUCUUCCAUUUGCGUCCUUGCCCCUAUCCGUCACCUAACCUCUCCACCCAUCACGAUCAGCCUCCGUCAAAAAGACGACGGAACAACAAUCCUCACAGCGCACGAAGAAGAACUCCUCAACGCCCGUCGCGCACUCCGCGUCGCCUCCUGGGCAUCCGUCUUCUACCUCAUCACCACCGACAUCCUCGGCCCCUUCAAUGCGCCCUUCGCGUUCUCCCAGGUCGGCUAUGCGCCCGGCGCGAUUCUGUACCUCGUCAUGGGCGUUGCGGCGUGCUAUACCGGGUUGUUGCUCUGGCAUCUUUUUAUUAGGCUGGAUAGUAAUCGGUAUCCGGUGCGGACGUAUGCGGAUUUGGCGGAGAGGAUAUUUGGGAGGUGGGCGAAGUAUGGGUGUAGUGUGCUGCAGAGUCUGCAGUUGAUCAUCAACGUCGGAACGAUCUGUCUCUCGAACGGACAGGCGGUGGAACAGAUCGCGGGAAAUCAUCAGUUCUGCUUCUCAGUCUGCAUCCUCAUCUGGACCUUCGUCGGCAUGUUCAUCGGCCAGAUCCGCACGCUCAAGAACUACGGAUGGCUAGCCAACUCCGCUGUAUGGCUCAACCUCCUCAUCAUCUUCAUCUCCAUGGGUUUCAUCUCCCACUCCCCACCCAACAUCGCAGCCGCACAGGCCGCGUACGGACCGAGUAUCGGGGAUGGACCCGUCGUGAAGAGCGCGUUUGUGAGCCAGCCGUUGUUUAGUAAGGUUAACGGUGACGUGGAUUGUGGGAUUCGGGCGGCUGAGCUAGUCGGUAUAGUCUUCGCCUACGGAGGAGCGAUGAUCUUCCCGGAGUUCAUGGCCGAGAUGCGGAGACCGAUGGAUUUCUGGAAGGGCAUGGUCUGCGCCCAACUCCUAAUCUCGACCGUCUACCUCAUGUACGGCCUCUUCGUGUACUCCUUCCAAGGCCAAUACACCCUCCCGCUCGCCUACCAGGGCGUGAGCAAGCAGUCGUGGCAGGACGUGGGCAAUGUGAUCAGUCUGAUUACGGGCGUGAUUGCGGCGGGGUUGUAUGGGAAUAUUGGGAUCAAGGUAGCGUAUAUUAACCUCGUAGAAGAAUGGGCCAAGGGCCCAUCGCUCCUCAGCCGCAAAGGCCACGUCAUCUGGUCCGGCAUGGUCAUCGUCUACUGGGCCCUCGCCUACAUCAUAGCCUCCGCCAUCCCCCAAGUCCAAACCAUCUCCGGCCUCGUCGCCGCUAUCUGCAUCAUGCAAUUCACAUACACAUUCCCGCCGCUCUUCAUACUCGGGUAUCAGAUGAUCCUCGAUGCUGGGGGACCGAACGAUCCUGGAGACACUUGGGCGGACUUUUCGAGGUGGAGGAGAGGGUUUUGGACGGGGAUGGGUGGGGUGGACGGGGAUGGGAAUGGGGCGGUGGGGGAGAAGGAAGUGUGGAAGAAGAGGGGGUGGAAGUGUUUUAAUCUUGUUUUGUUCUUGGGGGCGGCGAGUAUGGCGUGUCUGGGGAUGUACGGGUCUGGGAUGUCCAUCAAGAAUACGUUCGCGAGCGGGGCGGCGGCGACGAGUUUCGGAUGUAAGUCGCCCGUUGGGUGA